AUGCAAGUGGUGACCUUCAACGUGCUCAGUCCGCCGCUCACCCAGAAGGACUACUUCCCCUACUUGACCGAAGAUCUCCUCGACCCAGAUGUCCGGUGGAAGAUGCUGGUGGCGGAGCUGUUGGAUCUGAUGGAGUCUGACUCCAUCAUCUGCCUGCAGGAAGUGGACCAUUCUUGGUUCGGCAAGUUUGUCCUCCUCUUCGAGAAGGAAGGGUACACGUUUGUCCCCGUAACGUACUCGCCGCUGCUCGGCGUUGCCAUCGCCUUCCCACGCGCCCGCAUCGGCGACCUGAUCCCCGACUGCAUCGGUGUGAGGAGUAUCAGCAAGUUGCGGGACUCAACCAUCACCGCCAAGCGCUGCUGGAACGUUGCCCUGCAAGUGCAUCUCACCAGGUCAUCCGGCAAAGGGCAAGACUUUGCUGUGACGACGUAUCACAUGCCGUGCAAGUUCCGGGAGCCGCAUGUGAUGGCGAUGCACUGCAGCAUGCUGGUCAAGUGGGCGCACAACACAGCCAACUCCCUGCCAUACAUCGUUGCCGGCGACUUCAACAUCAAGCCCAAGGACCCUUGCUACGACAUGAUCGUCAACGGCUUCAUUCAUCCCGAAGUGAAGGGUGCGCUGGCAACACCGGCCGCCACAUUCAACGAAGUGCCAAAGGCCCUUCGCAGCGCCCUCAGGGAGCACCACGGUAGGGAGCCCGAGUUCACCAACUGGACGCACGAGUUCCAGGACACGCUGGAUUACAUCUUCCUCUCCGACGAGUGGGUGGUUCGCGACGCGUGCGACCCUGAAUCGUUCCCUGAAGGUCCAUAUCCAAGCGAGAGGGUCGUGUCGGACCAUAUCCCACUCUGGGCAACGCUCGACCUCGUCGCGUGA